AGGAUCAUCAGCAUGCUGUCCCCAGAGGAGAGGGGCCUUUUCAAGGAGCGCAUCCGCUACCUAGACAGGAAGAUCCAGCCUGGCCUGAAGAAGCUCCACUGGUCGCUCAAGGGGGCAAGUGCUGCCUUCAUCUCUGAAUGCCGACUGCAUGCUAGCAAGGUGCAGACCAUUGUGAAUGAAUACAAGGCAGCCACCUUGGCGAUUGCUCGCAGGGCCCAACAGAUGAGUGAAGCUUUGCUUGUCCAGAUCACUGGCAAGAGGGUCUACAAUGACCUGGAGUUUGAAGAGGACCAAAAGGAGCAUCGAGAGUCCAUACAGAAGAAGCUGAUUAAUUUCUACGAAGACAGCAUUGCUGUCAUGAGGCAGACAUAUGAAGUCUUCAAGAAUGAUGGGCCAGAGGUCCAACAGUACUGGUACAAUUACACCAUUAAGAUGAAUAAGAUGAUGGAGGAUGCCCUGAGGUUGAAUGUCAAAUGGUCCCUGAUGGAGCUCUCCAAAGCCAUCAAUGGGGAUGGCAAGACAAGCCCAAACCCCCUCUUCAGGGUGAAGGUGAUUCUGCAGGACAACUAUCCUCAGACCCCUCAGGUAGAGUUUUCUCCAACACUAGUCCAGUUGGCCAACAUGGUCAAUGACAUCAGCACCCACUUGAUCGCCAGCAUCGCUGUCUUCCGUCACCUCCCAGAAAUUCUUGUCAGGCGCAAGUUUGCUCGUGACCCCAUCGCUACUCUUGUGGAACGGGAUGAAGACAUAAAGAAAAUCCAGUCACAGAUCAGUAGUGGCAUGCAGAGCAAUGCAGCACUCCUCCAGGGCUACCUGAAGACCUGGGAUGUCUACCGUGAGAUCUGGGAAGUCAACAAAGAUGCCUUCAUCAACCGCUAUCGACACCUAAACCCAAUGGUGUCUUCCUUUGAUGCUGACACUGCUCGAUACAUGGAGGUGGCUAACAAUGCCCAGAAGGAGGAGACGGUGCUGAGCAUCCAGUUUGUGCUCCUGGACUGCUCUCACCUUAAGGCAGCGGUGGUCCAGCACUGCAUCGAGUGGCAGAACAAGCUCACCCACCUGCUGAAUGAGAUGGCCAGCAGCCGCCUGUGGGAGCUCCACACCUACCUGCAGGAUAAUGCUGCUGACGUCAGCCGGCCCCCGCAGACCCUGGAGGAGCUCAGCAGAAGCCUCCAGCUCCACGAGACUCUUCAAAACGAAUUGCCUAAGAUUGAGGCGCAGAUCCCACCCAUCCAUGAGCAGUUUGCCAUCCUUGAAAAGUAUGAGGUGGCUGUGGAAGAAGAGGUUCUGCAACUGUUAGGAGACCUCAACUCAGAGUGGCUGGCCUUCCAGCAAUGCAUCCUGGACAGUGAAGUCAUGCUCAAGAAGCAUAAGGAGAAGUUCAAGACAAGUCUCAUCCAUUGUGCAGAUGACUUGAAAAAGAAGGCUCAGAGUCUCCUUCAAGACUUCGGCACCAAUGGUCCUUUCACCAGUGCCUUGUCUGCUGAUGCAGCGCUAGACCAAAUUGCAGCCAUGAGGCAGUUGCUGGCCAAAUUGAAGGAGGAAGAGAACACUCUUCGCUCUAACCUGGGCAUCUUCAAGAUUGACCAACCUGCCUCCAAAGACCUUCAAAAGUUGGAGAGAGAGCUGGAUUACAUUCAGCAAGUGUGGGAGAUUACAAAGGAGUGGGAGGACCACUGGAAUGAGUGGAAGAAUGUAAGCUUCAAGACUUUGAAGACAGAAGUGAUGGAGAACACGGCCUUUGCACUUUUCCGGCAGCUGAAUAAGCUGAGUAAGGAGCUGAAGGAUCGGAACUGGGAAAUAAUUGAGACUUCCAAGUCAAAGAUCGAACAGUUUAAGAGGACAAUGCCCUUGAUCACUGACCUUAGGAAUCCAGCCUUGCGGGAAAGACACUGGGAUCAGGUGAAAGAUCUGGUCCUCCGUACAUUUGAUCAGGAUGCCGAGGAUUUCAGGCUGGAGAAUAUCAUUGAGCUGGGCCUGGAUAAACAUGUGGUGAAGAUUGGUGAGAUCUCUGCCUCAGCCACCAAGGAGCUGGCAAUUGAGCAGGCUCUCAUAAACAUUGCCAAGACAUGGGAAACCACCUCCUUGGACAUUGUGCCCUACAAGGAUAAGGGACACCACCGAAUCCGAGGUACAGAGGAUGUCUUCCAAGCCCUGGAAGAUAACCAGGUGGCCCUAUCCACAAUGAAGGCCUCACGUUUUGUGAAGCCCUUCGAGAAGGAAGUGGACCGUUGGGAGCGCUGCCUCUCGCUCAUCUUGGAAGUGAUUGAGAUGCUGCUUGUCGUGCAACGACAGUGGAUGUACAUGGAGAACAUCUUCUUGGGUGAAGACAUUCGCAAGCAGUUGCCUAGUGAGUCAGCUUCCUUUGACCAAAUCAACAGCAGCUGGAAAACCAUCAUGGACCGCUUCGUCAAGGACAACAAUGCUUUACGGGCCACCCAUUUCCCAGGACUACUGGACAGGCUGGUGGAAAUGAAUGCUUCCCUAGACGAAAUCCAGAAGUCUCUUGACAUGUAUCUGGAGACCAAGCGCCACAUCUUCCCUCGCUUCUACUUCCUGUCCAACGAUGACCUUUUGGAAGUCCUGGGUCAGUCACGCAACCCAGAAGCUGUCCAGCCCCACCUGAAAAAGUGCUUUGAUAACAUCAAAUGCCUCAAGAUGCAGAAGAUUGGCCUGACAAACCGAUUUGAAGCCUUGGGCAUGUUCUCCUUGGAUGGUGAAUAUGUAGAUUUCACACACUCUGUGCUACUAGAGGGACCCGUGGAGGAGUGGCUGUGUGACGUGGAACCUGCCAUGCGCUGGACUUUGAGGGAGGUGCUGAAGAACUGCCGACUUGCCUUGAAGAAGAUGUUGACCAAGCGGGACAAAUGGGUGAAGGAGUGGCCUGGACAGAUGGUGAUCACUGCUAGCCAGAUCCAGUGGACAGCUGACGUUAGCAAGUGCCUGGUCACCUGCAAAGACCGCGGUGACAAGAAAUAUCUCAAGACCAUGAAGAAGAAGCAGGUAUCCAUGUUAAACAAAUAUUCGGAGGCCAUCCGAGGCAACCUGACCAAAAUCAUGCGCCUGAAGAUCGUGGCAUUGGUGACGGUGGAAGUCCACGCCCGGGAUGUCAUUGAGAGGCUCUACAAGAGUGGCUUUAUCGAUGUGACAUCCUUUGAGUGGCUGAGCCAGCUUCGCCUCUACUGGGAGAAGGACCUGGACGACUGUGUCAUCCGACAGACCAACACUCAGUUUGCCUAUGGCUAUGAAUAUUUGGGAAACUCUGGGCGGCUGGUCAUCACUCCACUUACUGACAGGUGCUACAUGACCCUGACCACAGCCCUCCACCUCCACCGGGGAGGGUCCCCCAAAGGCCCUGCAGGCACCGGUAAGACGGAGACAGUGAAGGACCUGGGCAAAGCAUUGGGCAUGUACGUGAUUGUGGUGAAUUGCUCUGAAGGUCUGGACUACAAAUCGAUGGGGCGCAUGUACUCUGGCCUGGCACAAACAGGCGCCUGGGGCUGCUUUGAUGAGUUCAACCGCAUCAACAUUGAGGUGCUGUCUGUGGUGGCCCAGCAGAUCCUUUCCAUCCUCUCAGCUUUAGCUGCCAGCAUGACUCGCUUCACCUUUGAAGGCCAUGAAAUCAACUUGGUGUGGUCUUGUGGCAUUUUUAUCACCAUGAACCCAGGAUAUGCUGGGCGCACAGAGCUUCCUGACAAUCUCAAGUCUAUGUUCCGUCCUAUCUCCAUGGUGGUACCUGACUCCACCCUCAUUGCAGAAAUCAUCCUCUUUGGAGAAGGCUUCAAUAACUGCAAGGUCCUAGCCAAGAAGGUCUACACCUUGUACUCAUUGGCCGUGCAGCAGCUCUCCAAGCAGGACCACUAUGACUUUGGCCUCCGGGCACUCACAUCUCUGCUCCGUUACGCUGGGAAGAAGCGCAGGGUUCGGCCUGACCUUACAGAUGAGGAGGUUCUUCUCAUGGCCAUGAAGGACAUGAAUAUAGCCAAACUGACAUCCAGUGAUGUGCCCCUCUUCAACGCUAUCAUUCAGGACCUCUUUCCGGGCAUCGAAUGCCCUGUCAUUGAUUAUGGAAAGAUCAAGGAAGUGCUUGAGCAGGAGUUGAGGAAAAUGGGGCUUCAGGUGAUCCCCUUCACUAUAACCAAGGUGAUCCAGCUGUACGAGACCAAGAACUCCCGCCACUCCUCCAUGAUUGUGGGCAACACAGGCAGCGGCAAGACUGUCACCUGGCGUGCCUUGCAAGCUACCCUCUGUAGCCUGCACAAGAGCGGAGACCCCACUGGCAACAUAGUCCGGGAAUUCCCCUUGAACCCGAAGGCAGUUUCCUUGGGUGAGCUGUACGGAGAGUACGACCUCAACACCAAUGAAUGGACAGACGGCAUUCUGUCCAGUGUGAUGCGAACGGCCUGUGCAGAAAAUGAGCUAGAGUUGCGUCUUCUUCCAUAA